AUGGCAUGGUCGGUAGAACUCUUAGAGUUUGACGUGGCUUUUGAGCCAAGAAGUCUCAUCAAGUUGCAGCAUCUGGCCGACUUUGUCAAUGAGCUCACCCCUUCGAGAUGUUUUGAAGACGAACCGUGGACCAUGCAUGUCGAUGGGUCUUCCAAUGCCCAAGGUAGCAGCGCCGGAAUAAUACUUGCUAGCCCCUCAGGUAUCACAGUCGAACAAUCCCUUUGGUUCGGCUUUCGUGCGUCAAAUAACCAAGCAGAGUACGAGGCCCUGAUAGUUGGUAUGAGGUUAGCAAGUGAGAUGGGAGUCAAGAAAAUCAUAUGCUGGACCGACUCCAAAAUUGUGGCCGAACAGGUCAAUGACAAUUUCCAGGUCAAAGAUUCAUACUUGUUACGAUACUAUCACCUGUUCCAGCAACUAAAGGAACACUUCAAUGAAGUUCAGAUACGGCAUACCCUGCGCAACAACAACGAACGAGCUGACCAACUGGCUCGACUCGCUAGCAACCGAAAACCCGGGCAGUUGCGAUCCACUAUUCAUCUUGAGAUUCCCACCCCGAGUGUGACAUUCGAAUGCAUGGCGAUAAAUGAAGACGCACCCUCAUGGAUAACCCCCAUUCGAAAGUAUAUCGUUAAUGGUGAACUUCCGGCCGACCAUAUGGAAGCAAAGAAAUUACGAACGCAAGAAGCUCGGUAUUCAGUGGUGGCCAACGAACUUUACCGGCGAGGAUUCUCCACCCCGCUGCUCAAAUGCAUUGACAAUCACCAAGCCGAUUAUGUCCUGCAAGAAAUUCAUGAAGGUAUAUGCGGCUCCCACUCGGUCGGGCGAACCAUGGCGGCUAAAGUCUUGCGAGCCGGCUAUUAUUGGCCGACUCUGAAGGGAGAUUGUGCCGAGUUCGUCAAGAAAUGCGUGCAAUGUCAAAAGCACGGCAACCUCAUCCACGCCUCGACCGCCGAGUUACACAGCAUUAGCUCUCCGUUGCCAUUUUCCUUGUGGGGUAUCGACGUACUUGGACCAUUCCCCAUGGCAAAAGGGCAGGUCAAGUUUCUCCUGGUCAUAGUGGAUUACUUCACAAAGUGGAUCGAGGCCGAGCCGCUUGCCUACAUCUUCGCUGCCAACGUCCAGAAGUUCGUUUGGAAGAACAUUGUUACCCGUUUCGGCAUCCCACACGCCAUUGUUUCGGACAACGGCCUUCAGUUCACGAAUAAAAAGUUCAACUCCUUCCUCGAAAACCUUGGCAUUCGGCACCGGUUCACCUUGGUUGAGCACCCCCAGUCCAAUGGGCAAGCUGAGGCGGCCAAUAAGGUCAUAUUGACAGAAUUAAAGAAACGGCUAGGUUCAGCAAAAGGAGCAUGGGCCGAGGAAUUGCCGGAAGUCCUUUGGGCAUACCAGUGCACACCACAGUCAACCACCAAGGAGACACCUUUUCUCCUAACAUAUGGCGACGACGCAAUGAUCCCGGUCGAAGUAGGGGAACCAUCAUUUCGGUAG